GUUUAGCUAGGCGCGAACGACCAUGGAGGCGCGGAGGGAGCGGCGUGUGGAAUCGCUGGGAUGGCUCACCGAGUCGUCGGUGAUGCCCAAGAAGCAGAAGGUGAUCGAGGGCGUGGGGGCGGGCUCCAUUGUGGAGCUCCGGGCGCAGCUCUAUCAAACCCAGGAAGCAGUCAAGCAGGGCGAUUCUACCGUGCUUGUUCGCUCCCGGAAGAAGAGUGAUCUCUUCAGCAAGAAGAAUCCUGGCGUGGAUGAUCGCGAGACGAGGGACAAGCUCAUCUUCAAACAGGAGAGAGAUGGCACCGCGAGCUAUGAAGCGCUCGAGAAGAAAGCUCAAUUGUAUGACAAGCUGGUAAGGGGAGAGCUCCCCGACGAGGAAGAAAAGGAGAAGUACAGUGUGGACUUCCUCCGCAAGGGAUUCCUGGAAGACGAGAAGGAAGAGAUGGAACGUAACAGGAGGGGCGAGACUUCAGCCGACGACGACGAGCCCGAGAGCCUGUCCGACAUGAACUUCUUGCCGGGGAAGCCAACUUACGGUCCCAACCACAAGGAACUAGUGAGGGAAGUGAAUCGAGAAACGGUGGAAGCGCGGGAGAAAGCUGCGGAGCUCAAGCAACGAAGGCAGAGCAUUGCAGAGAAACAAAGGGCGAGGCUCAGAAAGGCGUUUGUCAAGAAGGAACUCGAGAAGCACAAGUCCAGUGCUGCGAAUUCUCACGCCCCACCAGCAGAGCCUCUUCAACAAGAGCAACAAGCGUGAAUUCUCGGGAGGCUGAAUUCUCCCAGUUGCCAUCAGAUGAUUAGUAAAAGCCUUAAAUUCCUAAACUUAAUAACAACGAUUACAAAGGUGCUGAAUCCA